CCCCGCACAUUGGCUGGCCAUAUUUUCUCUAAUUCAAUCUCCAAGCCCUAAUAAACUAAAAGAAAACAUGAUGCUGAAUAAGACGUUAAUAUUCAUUUCGACGGUGGUGGUCUGCUUGGCCAUGUUGAGCAGCUCAACAGUUUCAUCCAUUUCCGUAAUCCCCCAACUCUCGUCCGACUCUGAAACACCGGAAGUAGUUAGAGAAACCAGCCAGAUUGCUGGUAAAAGUGAUGGACAGGUGUCAAGCCGACAUGAAGGACGAGUCCGAAGUGACUUUACUUUUUGGGAUCUGUUUCCGACAUAUUUCGGCGAAUAUUUCGAGAUUUUCGUCUUUUUCAUGGAGCUCAAAUGGCACUACGAAAUCGAAGACGCCAUCGCAGAAGCCAGCGAAAGAAUUGACGAGCAUCUUGUUAAUGGCGACCGAAUCAAACACAAAAACGACAACUUCCUUCUCGAUUUCGCCAAACAUUAUUUCGUCAACAACACCAAGCCAUUGUGGAAAUUCAAAGCUUAACAGAUCCCCCCCCCCAUUAAAUUAAAUGUAAUUACAUUUCCCCGUGCUCUUGUGCAAUACAGUCGUACCUUAGUAUGCAAAUAAACUCGAAGCUAAUUCAUCAAAAGAUGGCAUCGCUCAGAUUUACACCCGAGUAUAAUGGGGAUGACUGUGCAACUAUACUAUAGACCAUACAAGGAUUUGUAUACCGUAUCUCGAAUAACAUUUCAAAAAAGCCUGACGGCUUUAUAUUCGCCUUAUGACUGAUGCAAUACAAAUUUGU